AUGAAGCGCGCUGUUCGGCGGGCUCCUUUCCGGAAGCGGAAGCUCGGGGGGCGGGUCAAGAAGGUCCAGGAGUCCAAGGCGGUUAAUUCUUUUUACCGUGUGGCGUGUCUUCGCUCUGUCUGGGCUUUUCUGAGGCUUCGAGAGAUGGUCAGGUCCGCAUCCCGACCGGGCCAGGUGAGGGCUGCGGACCCGAGGAGUCCACCGACCCAUUUAAGAAAAAUAUCACGUUUUAAUGCACAUUCUGGCUAUUCCGUCCAUUCUGAUUCAGAAAGUCAGGCUGAAACCAUACAGGGGCUCGAUGGUUGUGCUUCUUUGCUGCGGGACAUUUUGAGAAAUGAAGAUUCAGGUUCAGAAACAGUAUAUUUGGAAAAUAGAUCUAAUCCUAGACCUUUAGAAGGCAAAAGAUAUGCAUCUAAAAAGAAAGGGCCUGAAAAACAUACCAUUCCUUUGGGAGUCCGGAGGGAAAUGAUUCAAACCGAUAAUGACAACCAGUUUGCAUCACAAAGUAAAACAGUUUCUGAGAACUGUGCUGAUGUUCUAAGGAAUUCAUUUAAUACCUCUCCUGGAGUUCCAUGUAGCCUGCCCAAAACAGACAUAUCAGCUAUUCCAACAUUUCAGCACCUGGGCCUGACUAAUGGGAUUCUGCCACAGCAAGGAGUUCCUAAGGAAGCAGACCUACUAAAAUGUUUUCAAACAUACCUGUCUCUGUUUCGAUGUCAUGGAAAAGAAACUCAUUCAGAUGGUCAGACGCACCGAAGCCCCACUCGAUCACAGCCAGCUUUCUUGGCAACUAAUGAAGAAAAAUGUUCCAGAGGACAAAUUAGAGAGGCCACAAGUGAAGGAAAGGGUUUAAAUGUACGUGUGCAAGAUGCAAGCAUAGUCAAGGAUGUACAGAAGGCAAAAAAUGUGAACCAGACUGCUGAAAAAGUUAGAACUAUAAAGUAUUUGUUGGGAGAACUCAAGGCCCUCGUAGCAGAACAAGAGGAUUCAGAAAUUCAGAGGUUGGUUACAGAAGUAGAGGCAUAUGUAUCUGUGCUUCCAGCAGUGAAUGGAAACACAGAUAUCCAAGUUGAAAUAGCACUGGCCAUGCAACCAUUAAGAAGUGAAAAUGCUCAGUUACGAAGGCAACUGAGAAUUUUGAACCAGCGACUUAGAGAACAAGAAAAAACUCAUAAGGCAUCUGGUACUGUGGAAUGCAACCUUGAAUUAUUUUCUCUUCAGUCAUUGAACAUGUCACUGCAAAAUCAAUUGCAGGAGUCACUAAAGAGUCAGGAAUUACUACAGAGUAAAAAUGAAGAGCUCUUAAAAGUGAUUGAAAAUCAGAAGAAUGAAAACAAAAAAUUUAGUAAUAUAUUUAAAGACAAAGAGCAAACUAUACUUGAAAAUAAACAGCAAUUUGACAUGGAGAUAACAAGAAUAAACAUUGAGUUGGAGGAAGCCUUAGUCAAUGUGAAAAGCUCCCAGUUUAAGUUAGAAACUGCUGAAAAGGAAAAUCAGAUAUUGGGAAUAACAUUACGUCAGCGUGAUGCCGAGGUGACUCGACUGAGAGAAUUAACAAGAACGUUACAGAACAGUAUGGCAAAACUUCUCUCAGAUCUCAGUGUGGACAGUGCUCGCUGCAAGCCUGGGAAUAACCUUACCAAAUCACUUCUGAACAUUCACGAUAAACAACUUCAACAGGACCCAGCCCCUGCUCACACUUCCAUAAUGAGAUACCUAAAUAAGUUAGAAGCAAAUCACAGUUUUACACAUUCACAGCCACUUUCUACAAUUAAAAAUGAGGAAACCAUAGAGCCAGACAGACCCUAUGAAAAUGUUCUGCCUUCCAGAGGCCCUCAAUAUAGUAACACUAGGGGCAUGGAGGAAGUUUCCAUACCUGGAAUUAUUUCUACCCUUUCAAAACAGGGUUCUGACGAAGCUAGUGAAACUACGACUUUAAUUGAAGAUGAGCAUAAUUUGGAUAAUACAAUUUAUAUUCCUUUUGCUAGAAGUACUCCUAAAAAGAAAUCACCACUUUCUAAGAGAAUAUCCCCUCAGCCACAGAUAAGUGUAGCUACAACACAGCCAAUCAGCAGCAGCGGACUUGUCUGUGAAAAAGAAAAUAAACUGUGUGCACCUACAGUUUGUUCCUCAACAAUGGAAGCAGAAGUUGCACCUGAAACACUUUCCAGAACAGCUGAUAUGAAAGACAAACAGCUCCUCAAGAAAAUAAAGGAAGCAAUUGGUAAGAUCCCUGCUGCCACUAAAGAUCCAGAGGAACAAGCUGCAUGUCAUGGCCUGUCAACUUGUCACAGCAACAGCAUUCAAGUGAAAAGCAAUACUGUCCCUGAUGGUAGUGUUUUAAAUUCUGAUUUGAUGUCUGACUGGAGCAUCUCUUCUUUUUCAACUUUCACUUCUUGUGAUGAACAAGACUUCAGAAAUGGCCUUGCAGCAUUGGAUGCCAACAUAGCUAGACUCCAGAAGUCCUUAAGGACUGGUCUUCUGGAGAAAUGA